UCAGGAAAUAGACUGAACCAGGAAACACUCGCUCUGCAUUUGCUCAAGGGCACCACAACAGCUCCAAACCCUCAACAGACAUGUCCUCCACCAGUGAAAGGAGCUCUGAGGAGACGUUCCUAUGCUCCAUCUGUCUGGAGGUGUUCUCUGAGCCAGUGUCCACUCCAUGUGGACACAACUUCUGCCAAUGCUGCAUCUCUCAGGUCUGGGACACUGAUGGGCCCUGCACAUGUCCUCUGUGUAAAGAGGUGUUCCACAGCAGACCACAGCUCAAGGUCAACACGCUCCUGAAGGAGGUGGUCUCAGGGUGUAACCUGGAGAUGAACGAGAGCAGAUCUAUGGGGGGGGUGCCCAACUUUAAAGAGGUCCAGUGUGACGUGUGCUCUGAGCCCAAGCUGAAGGCCCUCAAGUCCUGCCUGGUGUGUCUGUCCUCCUUCUGUGAGAGCCACCUCCAGCCUCAUCUCACAGUCUCUGGGCUGAAAAGACACCAGCUGAUGGAGCCUGUGGAGAACCUGGAAGACAGGAUGUGUCCCACACACCAGCGCCCCCUGGAGCUCUUCUGUGCCACUGAUGAGAAGAGCAUUUGUGUGAUGUGCUUUGCUCUAGAGCACAAGAACCAUGAGUUUUUGUCUCCGGAGGAGGUGUGUGAGCGCAGGAGGUCCUCUCUGCUGCAGACUCAGGCUCAGAGCCAGCACAUGGUGGAGCAGAGGAGGCAGAAGAUCCAGGAGAUCCAGAGCCUCCUGGAGCUGAGUGAGACAGAGGCCCUCAGAGAGAGGGCUGUGGGGCUGCAGGCCUUCACUGCUCUCAUGCAGUCUGUUCAGAGGCGUAUGGACCUCUUCUUAGAGGAGCUCCAGGAGAAGCAGAGCCGGAGCCACAGACGAGCCCAGGAUCUGGUGCGGCGGCUGGAGCAGGAGAUCUGUGAUCUGGAGCAGAGCGGCGCUGAGGCCGAACGUCUCUCACGCUCUCAUGACCCCCUCCACUUUCUACAGCGCUGCCCUGCACUCACGCCCCCUGCUGGGCUUAAGGAGUGGAGCAGCGUGAGCUUUGAGCCGGAGACGUGUGAGGGCAGUGUGACCCGGGCUCUGUCUGAGCUGGAGAACAGUCUCUCUCAGGAGUUUAACAAACACUUUAAAGAACUGUCUUUAAGAUCAGAACUCCUCAGAGUGCAGCAGUGUGCGGUGGAGGUGACUCUGGAUCCAGACACGGCUCAUCCUAAUCUCGCUCUGUCUGAAGAUCUUAAACAGGUUCAUCACACUGGUGUGUGGAAGCAGCUCCCAGACUCUCCUCUGAGGUUUGAUAAAUAUGCAAUUGUUUUAGGAAAACAGAGUUUCUCUUCGGGCAGGUUUUACUUUGAGGUUCAGGUCAAAGGGAAAACAAAGUGGACUUUAGGAGUGGCCCAAGAGUCCAUAAAGAGGAAGGGAAAGAUCACUUCAGCACCUGAACAUGGACAGUGGUGCAUCGUCUUAAGAAAAAAAGAUCAGUACUACGCUUGUUCUUCGCCUCCUGUCCCUCUGUCUCCUCAGAGAGCUCCUCAGAAGGUGGGGGUGUUUGUGGACUAUGGAAAGGGUCUGGUCUCCUUUUAUGAUGCACAUUCUGCAGAUCUCCUCUUCUCCUUCACAAACUGCUGCUUCAGGGAGAAACUGUUUCCAUUUUUCUGUCCCGGUUUAAAAGAAGGAGGAUCAAACUCUGCUCCUCUGGUCCUCACUGCAGUGGAGACUUUGAGCAGUGACAAAGUACUAAAGUAAAAGUACUGCACUUAAAGAGGAGUAUUACACUUCUAUGGAGUAUUAACUGUUAACCAGUGGAGGAAGAAGUACUCAGUUUAGUUACUUAAGUAAAAGUAUUAAAGUACCUGUUUAUAAAUGUACUUAAAGAGCAAAAAGAUUUUGAUUUUGUCCAACAAAACAAUAAAUCAAUGUUUUUUUCUCAUGUUUUAUUUGUAUAUUUUGUGUUAAAGUGGAAGAACAAAGUAACUUCAUAAGACAAAACCUGCAAGAAAUACUUUUACUUUUUACUCUUUAAGUACAUUUUUAAACAAGUACUUUAAUAAUUUUAUGUAAGUAAUAAAACUGAGUACUUCUUCCACCAGUGUGUGGAGCACGGGUGAUGUAAACAUGUGGGUGGAGCUUCGUACACGGGUGAUGUAGACUCGUGGGCGGAGCUUCGUACACGGGUGAUGUAGACUUGUGGGCGGAGCCUUGUACAGGCUCGUACUGCUCACUGUGGGAGAGAUCUCUAGAUUACUCAAACAUGGACGACAUGUACAACCUCUUCAGGAACAACAUGAAAACAUGAUGAUUUUACACAAAACCUCCUCUUUAAGUAUCAUUUUGAGGUAUCUGUACUUUAUGUACAUUUUACUGUGUGUACUUUUUACUGUGUGUACAUUUUACUGUGUGUACUUUUUACUGUGUGUAUUUUUUACUGUAUUUACUUUUUACUGUAUAUUUUGAAGUGAACUGAAAAGUACCAAGUUCCUUAAACUUUGGAACCUGAGAUAUUUUAAGGACAAUAAGAAAAAGUUCAUCUGAAUCUCUACAGUGAUGUACCGUAUUUUCCGCACUAUAAGACGCACCUAAAAGCCUUUAAUUUUCUCAAAAACCCACAGUGCGCCUUAUAAUCCGAUGCGCCUUAUAUAUGGAUCAAUAUUGGUCAAUUAUGACACCCGUAGUCAGGAGGUGUCACCGAAGUAAUAGCAGUAAUAAAUCCCUUUAAGGACUGAGCUAUGACCUAGACUUUUAUUCUUUUUUAGCCAUAAAAAUCAUGUUAAACGAAGUAUCAGAAUUUACUGCAUUUUUUUCACACAUCUACUUCUAUUUUACACAUCCAUCUGUAUUUUUUCUUUUACGCAUCGAAUAAAUGACCCGCAGCCCCCGCGCUCUCAUUCGUCACCUUCAGGACAACAGAGGCAGAUUUACCGUAAUGAUGGUCAAAUAUUUAGAUGCCCCAUGUCUCCGCUUUGAGACGGAGUUACGCUGCUGGAAAGUCCGCGAUGAUAUGAUCCGACUCUAUAGGGAUAACGGGGAGACAGCGCCGGGAGACAUACG